AUGCAAUCUAGAGUUAAUAAAUAACUGUAGAUUAGACUGAUGAUUACUUUUUCAUUUAUUAUCGAAUAGUCCAAUUUAUUAAUCUAAAAUAAUAGCAAAAAAGUUAAGCUAAUAAUCAAUUUUAAAUAUUUAUAUUCAGAUGUUACCCCAAUAGUCAUCUCACCCGAUAACUGCUCCCUCAACCAGUUAUACAGUUACUUUGCUAAAAAAGUAACUCAGAUGUAACGAUUGAAUUAACACAACCUAGAAUUGGAGGAAAGCAAGACUAUAGAGGGAGUUUCAGUGGGAUUGGAAUCGAAUAGCUUAUACCAAUGGAACAUUAGCUUUGCUGGUCCAUCAGACACUUUGUAUGAAGGGGGGUACUUCUAAGCGAUAAUGAAAUUUCCAGAAGACUAUCCCAAUUCUCCACCAACAUUCAAAUUCUUGACUGAAAUGUGGCAUCCAAAUAUUUACUCUGAUGGGAGAGUCUGCAUUUCCAUUCUGCACGCAUAGGACGAGUUUAAUGAUUAAGAACCCCCAGAGACAAGAUGGAGACCCAUAUUGACUCCUGAGGAUGUGUUAAUUUCAAUAGUUUCAAUGUUAUCGGAACCUAAUAUCAAUUCACCUGCCAAUGUCGAUGCUGGAAUCCAAUUUAGAGACAAACCGGAUGAAUAUAAAAAGAAAGUGAGAAAGUUAAUAGAUAAAGCAUUAGAAAAUUUAUGA